GCACAGCAUGUGCGGUUUUUCUUAAAUAAAAUUAUUUAAAAAGUUUAAUAAAAAAUUAACAAUUACGUCGUGAGAAUUUUGUUUAGUUCAAUUUAAGCAGGAUGACGAAUUCCACAAACAUAAAUAUUAUCGGGAGUGUUAUGGAUGGUGUGGACAGUGGAAGUUUGGAAGUAAAGAAAUUCCCCAUAGAAUACAGGGUGUAUCCAUUACGAUGGCUGGUUCUCUUUAUAUUCGUUUUGUACUCUGCCAGUAACUCUAUGCAAUGGAUUCAGUACACCAUCAUACAAGACACGGUAGUAAAGUACUAUGGGGUGCCAGAAAUCGCAGUCUACUGGACUUCUAUGAUCUACAUGCUCGCUUAUAUCCCUUUAAUCUUUCCUGCGAGUUAUCUCCUAGACAGAACAAAUCUUCGAGUAACAAUACUAAUAGGUUCGUUUGGAAACUGCGUGGGCGCCUGGGUGAAAGUCAUCUCAGUUCGCCAGGAUCUGUUCUGGCUUAGCUUUCUGGGGCAAACUGUGUGCGCAUUUGCACAAGCCUUUGUUCUAAGCAUACCGUCACGAUUGGCUGCUGUCUGGUUUGGUGCUGGUCAGGUAUCUUCUGCUUGCAGCAUAGGGGUGUUUGGUAAUCAGCUAGGUACCGCUGUGGGAUUCCUGAUAACCCCAAUGAUAGUCCGCGCACAAGGUUCUAUGGAGCAAAUAGGAGAAGAUUUCAAAUUUCUCUUCUACCUUGUCGCUGGCUUCACUACUUUACUCUUUGUGCUCAUUAUCUUAUUCUUUAAAGCAGCACCAGCCACACCACCUUCAGCAGCAGCAGACCAGGAAUUAGCAAUUGACUCAAACUUCCUCAAAUCUUUGAAGAAUUUACUGACGAAUCGAAACUACUUAUUGUUACUAAUCUCUUAUGGCAUAAAUGUUGGUGUGUUCUAUGCUAUUUCGACGCUACUGAAUGAAUUGGUAUUGAGGUAUUACGUGGGAGCAAAUGAAGACGCAGGGAGGAUAGGCGUCGUGAUUGUGGUAGCAGGAAUGGUUGGGUCUGUUGUUUGUGGGGUCAUCAUAGACAAGACUCACCGGUUUAAGGAGACGACACUUGCCGUAUAUGCUGCGUCAACCAUCGGAAUGGUCAUUUUUACCUUUACUUUGAACUGUGGCUACAUCAGUGUUGUAUACUUCAGUGGCAUUUUGCUUGGAUUCUUCAUGACAGGAUACUUACCGGUCGGAUUCGAAUUUGCUUCAGAAGUCACUUAUCCUGAACCCGAGGGAACAACGUCCGGACUACUUAAUGCUGGUGUUCAGGUCUUUGGUAUCGUUUUAACCCUGCUCUUCCAAUGGAUGCUAGGCACAGUUGGGGACCGAUGGGCAAAUGUAACCAUGUGUGCUAUUCUCGUUCUUGGUACUGUCCUUACAGCUGUCAUACAGUCGGACUUACGACGUCAAGCUGCAGAAAAGAAAGAGCCGAAAUAGGACUUCACUUCAAGCAAUAUUAUACAAAUGUUAAGUGCAUUACUAGAGAUGUGCUAAAUAAUCGUUGAUUAGUUAUAAUCAGUAGAAAGAGUUUGAGAAUCAGAUUAUUAGGUUAAAGAUGGGAUAUUAUUGUGUCGAUGAACUAGAAAAGUAAUAAAUACAGGUACUCGAUAAACCGCAUCUUAAUCAACUGUGUGAAUCUACAUUAUUAACUCUGGAAUUCCUAUACAGUUACCAUUGCUUUAACAUAAGUUUAAUUAUGUUUUAUUAUUGCGUAUUCUGUAACUGUAUUUAAGUUUUGUUUUGCGCUAGCGCAGUAAGAGUUUGUAUGCAAUGUAAGAUUUAUUGAAGUUAAUUUUUUUUUAGUUUUAAGUGUAAGACUUAUCCAGUCGAAUAUAGGAUAAAGUAGUUCCUUAAAAAAUUGUUGUUUAUUUGAAAGAACGGCAUUUUUUAGGUUUCGAUUUUCGAAUACAUUAAGGUGGGAACUGACC